UGGGUUCUGAGUUCUGACUCGAGAGAUUCAGACGAGCAACUUCAAAUGAUUGUUCACCAUCAAUCUAAAUCGCAGUUUAGUCGUUUGAAGUAAGAUGACAGAGGCCCAUGGGCUACCACCUUUGCCAAAAUGUUUUAAUGGACUUUUAGCGAACGGUGAAAAAGUUCUAAAUGGUGUCGACCAUGAUGCAAAAGACAAAGUUAAAGAUGCAGAUGCUAUCAAAAUAAAAGUUCCUGUGAAAACAGAGAGACAUAAUGAAACGGAAAAAAAUGCAUCGCCAUUCUCAAGAUUAAAUGUUGCACUCAAUAGACUUAAAGAUGAAAUGGUUGGUCUACGACAGCUAGACAUGUCAUUGUUGUCACAGCUUUGGUCACUGAAUGAUGCAAUACAAGAUUACAAAGCUGUUGUACAAGAGAGAUGUUCAGAGACUAAUUCAGAAUACUCUUGGGGGAUGAACAGUAGGACCAGCUCUAUAGGAAGUAUGGAUGAUUAUGACUGGAAUGCUGACAUUCAUUUACAACCAGAAAAUCACGUCCCUAAUUCAGUGCACAGUAGUACGUCAAGUCUUCUUCAGCAGAUUAAUGAACUUAAACAAAGGGCUGAAACAGAAUUUUGAUGUUGGUGUUUAUGUUAAGAAGGGUAUACAUGUACAUUUGUUAAAAAUUAAGUUGAAUUUUAUUGAAAGAUUAUCAGAUGAAGCAAUGCAGGUGAUUUAUUUUUUGAUAGUGCUAUACAUUGUACUUGCAUAUAUACAAAUGUAUAUAAUAUGAAUUGUGUGGGCACAUUUAUUAUUCCAUCCUACUAGGUAAUUCUUUGACUUUUUCAUUAACUUGAAUAUUCAGUUCAUGUACAUGAAGCACUAAUUAAUAUAGUUUUAAAGCUUACACAGCAAUGUGUUACAUUAAAAUGAAAAAUAAAAUUGAAAUUUAAAUGAAAGAAAUUUGAAUAAUAAACACAUACAAAUUCAGGUGAUGAAUAUUUUAACAAAUACUUAACAUUAUACAGAAAAAACUUCAAUAACUGAAAAAAUAGUGCUUUUAGAAUAGACUACUAUAGAAAACUAUAUAUAUUAAGGUGGCAUUCAGAAUUGGCAAAAUCUUUUUUUCCCUGGUGGUCCUUGAAGAAAAUCUGCAGGUCCUCACUAUUAAUUCUAUUGAAAAAUACCAAAAAUGUGUCCAGUCCUAUGCCACACUUUGGUGGUAAAGUCCUGAGGACCACCACUUUUUGUGAACUCGGGGCAUUACCACAACCUGAUUUGUCUUUCCUUACACAAGUUAAACAAAUUUAUGUAUUAAUAACAUGACAUGUUGAAAGCAAUGCAAAGGAACAAAUUAUUUUCUUUUGUUUCAAAAUAUGUUGACAGUUGUAUAUUGGGUCGACACAUAAACUAUAUUUCAAUCUUAUUUUACAUUUUUGAUGUUGUUCAGUUAACAUAUUAUAUUGGCUGUUUUUCUGGCCUUUUAUUCUGAUAGUAUGUGACUGUUCAUACUGUUUGUCAUAAGUAUCUGUGCAAGUGAUAACAAUUUUGUGUUAAAGUUGUGAAAUGAACAUAUCCAGAAAAUUGGUGCUGAACUGUGACUUAACAAUUAUUUUAUAUUGUUGUACAGAAUUCCAUAUUUGUAGAUUAUCAUUUGUUUAUUUGUUUACCCCAUAACACUCAGGCCAUAAACUUUUUUUUGUCUAAAGGAUAUGGAUUUUUGAACCUUUUACAAAGGAUAGAUUUGAGCCAUGACUUGUAUUAUUGGAUUUACAAGAGAUUUUAUUCGAUAGUUCAGAAGGUCAAAUAUAUCGAAUGGCGAAUUACUUAUAUUACAUGUACUAAACAUGGUUGAAUAUUUUUACAUCCAUAUUUUGCUUAUCAACUAUUGCACAUUGUUAAUAUUGCACAUAUAAUUUAGUUAAUUAUAUAUUUUCUUAUUCCUGAAAAUUCCACUAUUUAUUAUUGAAAUAUGGUUUUGACUCCUUUCUUUGUUUUAUGGAAUAAUUAUAGAUAUAUAUCUUAGGUUGUAAAGAGAGCAUGGUUCACUUUAAUCAAAACAUGGCUUUGAAUUACAAAUGUAUCAUAAGUUAUCAAAAAGGCCUUUAUGAGGUUUAUAUAUAGAUCCAUUUCAAAAGCUAAGUUUUUACUAUUCUGUAGAUUUGGGGCAUUUUGUUCUGGAAAUGAAAGCUUAAAAAAACCCUUGACUGCAAUUUAUGAUCCAAAAUGUUCAAAGGUUUACAUCAAUUAUGUACAUUGUACAUGUUGUAUAUAUACACAACAGUUGUUGAGGUAAAAUUUGUAUAUAUGCUUAAAACUUAUUUAUUAUUACCAUGAUAACAAAAAGUUGUUACAACCUUAUAAAUAAAGUAUGAUUAAAUAAGAAUUAUAAGUUCAUAAUGUCAAUUUACAAAAAAAGUUAUUUUGAAUUUAUUUUCAAAAUAUCAGAAAUGUAUUUGUGUAAAAUAUGCAGUAUUUUAGUCUGAAAAAAGAUAAAAAUUAAAGGGCAAAUUCUGACCCAUGUGAAUUCAAUCCUCUACUUAUUUCUUUAUAUCAUUGCAAAAAUCAAUAGAUUUAAAAGUAAAUGACCACUAUCAUGUAGAAGAUGCUGAUAUGACAAGAAUACCUUUUUUAGCUCACCUGGCCCAAAGGGCCAAGUGAGCUUUUCCCAUCACUUUGCGUCCGUCGUCGUCCGUCGUCGUUGUUAACUUUUGCAAAAAUCUUCUCCUCUGAAACUACUGGGCCAAAUUGAACCAAACUUGGCCAUAAUCAUUAUUGGGGUAUCUAGUUUAAAAAAUGUGUGGCGUGACCCGGUCAUCCAACCAAGAUGGCCGCCACGGCUUAAAAUAGAACAUAGGGGUAAAAUGCAGUUUUUGGCUUAUAACUCAAAAACCAAAGCAUUUAGAGGAAA